CGGAAACUCGUUAAGCGAAAGUUUCUUCUGUUCCGUCAACAACCACCUGAACCACUUGACGCUAUUGAAAAGGCGCAAUAUAUGUAUUAAGUGAUGCGAAAUGUCUUUGACCUUCAACCUAGAUGGCCAUGUUCCCGAGCCUUCCGUUUCUGUGGAAGAAUUGAACGAAGAAUUAACUAGGAUGCGGAAAAUAGUGCGAACUGCUAAGGUGUAUGCAUUCCGAGAUUUGAUGAGGAGCGUUAAAAAAUUACGAGAACAAAUGUCUCGUCUUGGAGGCUGCAGACGAUUAGAAAGCAAAAUGGAAAACAGGAUCUCUGAUAUGAAACUCCUGCAAAACCUCUCGGUUGUUCGUUUAUGUAAACGGUUACUGGCAGACGAACGUGAUAAAAAGCAUCUUCAGAAAUAUGGACGUUAUCUCACUCAAGAAGAUCGUUUAAUUAUACGUCUCAAAUCAUCGAAACCUGUAUCAGCCUUCAUCAAAUCAUUCCGUGAAAAACAUGACGACUGGAUUAGUCUGGUUCAUUAUUUGUUUUACAAAAAUGUAUCAGGUAAAUGGAAGUCAAGAGAACAAAAACGUCGAAAUAGGAACGUUCGUGGAUCCUUACCAUUACCUCCUGCACCUGUUAAGGAAACAGAACUUGGUAUUUCGGAGGAUCAAAGCAACAAUCCCUCAUCCUAUCGUAUUCAAAACAUAUGUUCAGAAUCUGAAAAUUGCAUAAAAACACUACCAGCCCAACAUACUCUUAGUGGUAGUAGCAUACUCAGUGAUACUAAUUCAGAUAUGUCAGAAAUAAUCGCUCGGUUACUUGAACGAAAAGGCAUUAAGAAAAUCGAAUAUUUCAAUACCAUGUAUAAACAUGAUUGUAUGAAAAAUGGAUUAAUGGAACAAACAGUAAAUAAACCAAAGAAAGUAAAACUUCCAUUGAAAUCUCCUGACAUAAAGAACCAAACUUCAUUCAAUUCUUGUCAUGAAAAUCCUGUAGAAACACAUCAAAUGGAAGAUUCAUUAAUUGAUGAUGAUCCUCUUGGUAAUGAUGAUAAAGAUGUUAGAAAGUUAUAUAAAAAAGGUUUUGUAAGACAAAAGUAUCCUUCAAAAGUAAAUUCACAUAAAUCUCAUACGAAACAAAACUUUCCUAAAUUUCCAUACAAAAUAAAACAAGAUAAUUUACAAAUGCAUAAAACAACAACAGCUAAUCCUACAGAAACUGUUAUAACUGAAUUAUCUAAACCUGGUUUACAUCCAUCAUGGCAAGCAAAACGAUUAGAAAAAGUGAAAGUUAUGGAACUAUGUAAAGAUUCAACUACAGAAGUAAAACAUAUUGUAUUUGAUGGUUAAAUGAUGGUUACAUGAAUAAACAAACGAACAUGUAUCAUAAAUUACUAUUGUAUAUACACUUAAUUAUGUUUAUUAUUCAACUAUUUGUCUCUUUUACCAACCAGGUAUAUCUAACAUUCCUUUCGUAUUCAUGCCUUUUUUUCUUCUCAAAACUCACACUGUUGACAUUACAAUUGUGAAUGUUGUUAGUGAGUUGUUUGUUUACUUUUUUAUGAAGGAGGGGUGGGAACUCUUCAAAAUCUUUUACUGUACGGAUUUUUAGAAUAUUGAAUCAUUUAAACAUUGUUAAUUAGCUUUUUGUCAAAAAUUGUGUAAUUUGGUGUGAAGGAAAAUAGUCCAUGGGCAAUUUUGUUAGUAAGAAUAGAUGAGUGAAAGGUAGAAAGUUUUCAAUUGAUGGCUGGUAAGCCAACUCCAAUACGUCUCAUGUAUGUUUCGCUCGCUAACGUUCGCUCAUGUGCUCACAGCUUUCUGGCCUACGUUGUUUGUCAAUAAAAAUGUAGUUGCUGCUUU